CACAUAUACACACACAUUUUAUUGCCAAAAGUAUUAGGACACCCCUCCAAAUCAUUGGAUUCCGGUGUUCCAAUCACCUCCAUGGUUACAGGUGUAUAAUAUCAAGCACUGCUUCUACAAACAUUUGUGAAAGAAUGGGUCGCUCUCAGGAGCGCAGUGAAUUCAAGUGGUACCGUGAUAGGUUGCCACCUGUGUAAUAAGUCUAUCCGUGAAAUUUCCUUGGUACUAAAUAUUCCACGGUCAACUGUUAGUGGUAUUUUAACAAAGUGGAAGCAACUGGGAGCAACAGCAACUCAGCCACAAAGUGGUAGGCCACGUAAAAUGACAGAGCAGGGUCAGCACAUGCUGAAGCACACAAUGCGCAGAAUUCGCCAACUAUCUGCAGAGUCAGUAGCUAAAGACCUCCAAACUUUGUGUGGCCUUCAGAUUAGCACAACAACAGUGCGUAGAGAGCUUCAUAGAAUGGGUUUCCAUGGCCGAGCAGCUGCAUCCAAGCUUUACAUCACUAAGUGCAAUGAAAAGCUUCGGAUGCAGUGGUGUAAAGCACGCCACCACUGGACACUA